AUGGCUCUCCUCGUCGACAAGCAUCGCCCACGUACCUUAGAGACCCUCACAUACCACUCGGAUCUCUCCGCCCGGCUGCGCUCCCUGGCAGCUUCGGGCGACUUCCCACAUCUGCUCAUCUAUGGACCUUCUGGAGCCGGGAAGAAGACUCGUAUUACAGCUACCUUACGUGCACUCUACGGUCCAGGUGUAGAGAAGAUCAAGAUCGACAGUCGUGUCUUCCAGACCAGCUCCAACCGCAAGCUCGAAUUCAACAUCGUCAGCUCAAAUUACCACCUCGAGAUCACGCCGAGCGAUGUCGGGAACUAUGACAGAGUGGUGGUGCAGGAUUUAUUGAAGGAGGUCGCACAGACGCAACAAGUCGAUCUCAGCGCCAAGCAGAGGUUCAAGGUCGUGGUCAUCAAUGAGGCGGAUCACCUGACCCGAGAUGCUCAGGCCGCACUGAGGAGGACGAUGGAGAAGUACAGUCCGAAUUUGCGACUGAUCUUGCUGGCCAACAGUACGAGUAAUAUCAUCGCGCCGAUCCGAUCACGAUGCCUGCUUGUGCGGGUCGCGGCGCCGACUGAGGAGGAUAUCGCGGGGGUGUUGGCGAGGGUGGGUAAGAAAGAAGGGUAUAAGAGUUGUGAGCCGUUGGAGAGGAGGAUAGCGAAGGAUAGUGGGAGGAACUUGAGAAGGGCGCUGUUGAUGUUUGAGGCGGUGCACGCGCAGAAUGACAAUGUCACUGAAAAGACACAGAUACCACCACCUGAUUGGGAAGCUCUGAUCGAAGUCAUUGCCAAGGAGAUGAUUGAGGAGCGGUCGCCACAGCGCAUCUUGCAAGUGCGAGCGAAGCUAUACGACCUGCUCACCCAUUGCAUUCCCGCGACCACGAUCCUGAAGACCCUCACCUUCAAGCUCAUGCCCAAAGUCGACGAUGCUCUCAAAUCAGAUAUCGUCAAGUGGAGUGCCUUCUACGAACAUCGCAUCCGUAUGGGCAGUAAAGUCAUCUUCCAUCUCGAGGCUUUCGUCGCCAAGUUCAUGCGGUUGUAUGAAGGCAAUCUGAUGGGUAUGGAUAUGGACUUCGACGACUAG